UAGUAAACAACAAAAAAAUUCACUCGACAGGCCCAAAUCAUAGAUUCAGAACUGACAGCGAAACUUCUCGGGCGAGGAGUUGCGGUGUCACCAGUUGUCACCGUUGAGCCUAGAAGACGGAAGUUCCACAAGGCUAUCACCCUCAGCAUGCCAGCUCCACGUCCUCAUACACAGGGCAUGACCAACCAGUACAGCACCUCCUCAGCCCCAACUCUUCGACUACUGUGCUCCAUAUCAGGUGGUACGAACCGCGCACAUUGGGAGGAUGUUACUGAGAACACACCCCUUACUUUUGUCAACGACUGCGUCUCCUUCACGACGACUGUCUCUGCAAGAUAUUGGUUGAUCGAUUGUCGUCAUAUUGAAGAUGCUACUAAAAUGGCUACUGAAUUGUACAGGGAGGCAAUCCACGUACCGUUUAUGGCACGUUUCGUGGUGUAUGCAAAGCGCACUGACGAAUGCCAGGCGCAGCUGAGGAUGUUCUGCGUCACUGAUGACAAGGAGGACAAGGCCUUGGAGAGGAUUGAACGGUUCAUACAAGUUGCUAAGAGUCGUGAUGUUGAGGUCCAUGAAGGUAAACCGGUAUAUUUGGAGUUUGGCGGGAACCUAGUCCCGGUUGCGAAGUCCGGCGAGCAGCUUUCGAUACCGUUCCGCGCCUUCAGGGAGAAUCGCGUUGCGUUCCCGGUGAUGAUCAAGACUCAGGACCUGGAGCCGAUGUGCCGCUGCCAGUUCAUGAGAGACCCCAAGGUUCCUAAAGGAGAACCUUCUCCAGCCCCGAUCGCAAUCCUGAACAUAAUGGUGCCGGAUGACAUAGCGGUGGAGAGAACAUCGCCCGUGCAGCAUGACGCAGUACCGCGCCGCACAGAAGACCAGGAGCUCAUCUGGCGACAGAGGCUGAGGGAUCCUCGAUUGGAAGACAUCUGCAACUUGCUGGGCAAAGACUGGGUAGCGCUGGCGUACGAGCUGGGCGUGAGUGUAGCGACAGUUAACCAGAUACAGGCCAAGCGCAUCACCGCCGCUGAACAGGCACAGCUUAUGCUCAAGUUAUGGAAGACGCAAUCUGGAACUAAGGCUCUAGAUAAUUCUUUAGAAUUAGCACUAUGCCGUAUCGGCAGAGACGAUAUUAUCGCAUCUCAGUCAGAUGACAGCAAUGAGAGACGUAUCCAACGCAACAUCUAUCAAGAAAGACAAGAAUCUGAAGAAAUCGAAGCCUAUAAAGCUGAAGAGGACAACAAAGUAAAAGAAAGGAUUUAUGACGACAACCAAAUAGCAGAAGCGAUGCGUCACGAAUCUGAAGUGGACCAGGACGAAGCUAAAUAUUCACCUGAAGAGAAAUCUAUUGUAGAUAAGAGUGAAGUGGAGAGAACUCCCACACCCAGCGAGGAAAGCGAAGAAGAUGAAGAUGUGAAACGAAGCGUAGCUGAAAGGAAAGAACAAAUUACGAAAAAACUCAGUUCAAGCAAAAUACCAGCUUCGAAACAAAAGAAAGAAAUCCGCGAAGAAAUUAUCGAGAUUAAGACUCAAAUAAAACCGGACAUUAAGAAAUUCCACGAUAUCGAGCAGCAGGUAAAAGAUAAAGAACCGAAAACAGAACGAACACGUUCAAAAACAUCACCCGAAACUGUGGAAGAACAAAAAGAUUUCGAAGAGCCGAAAGAAAACGUUGAAACUAAAGUCGAAGAAAUAAAAGUUGAGCGUCAUGUAGAACAAUUUAGGAAAUUCGAUCCUUCGUCACCAGCCAAGCCAACACCUAAACAUUUACAAAGACAUAUGAGAAACGAAUCCAUGAGGUUCCCAUCUGGAGAUUUUUCCAACGUUGCCAUCACCCCGAGAAAAUCUAUUACUGUUGAGACAGUAGAGACGAAACAAAUAGUUGACAUAAAAACUGACUCAUUUUCAAAAGAAGAAAUUUCCCAAAAGGAGUUAGAUAGUGCGAGAGUCGAAGAAAAAUUAGAUGACGGUGAUAAAUCGCCAGAACUUGUUAUGGAUACUGAGAAAGACGUGGCGGAAGCUACAUUAAGGGAUAAAAUUAGUUCAUUUGAGUCCAAAAUUUCCAAGGAACCAUCGAUUGACACCACGAAAACUAUUAAACUUACAAAGGAAGCUUUGAAAAAACAUACCCUUGAGCAAGAUCAAAGCAUAGAAUAUACUCAAGAAUUCGUUAGGGAACAAUCAAAGCAGAUAUCGAGUACUGAUAUUCGCGAAAAUGUUAUUCAAAAAGUAGUAUUUGAAUCUGAGAGGCAUGUCGAGACAGUCAAGUCGGUAAAAGAAACAAUACAACAGUUCGACACGAGAACAAAACAAGAAGAAAAAAUUACACCGUUCCCAAAAACCAUGAGAACUGAUUCGACACUGGUGCAGGUUUCAUCUGAGGAAGACAGCGAGUUCCUAAAGAAGUCCACUGAUUCAGAAACGGAGACUGAAUCACAAACUACAGUUAAAGUAGAAAAAGACAAACUGAAGUCAAAAGUUAGUGCUGGAAAACUUUUUUAUGAUGAUGGAAAUCUUGACAUGAGGGGUAAAAUUGAAACAAAACCUGAAAAAGACCAUGACAAAGAUGAUCAACAUAAGAAAGAUGACGAUGAUAAAAAAGGUGGUGACAGGAUAGUAAUUUCAGAGAUGAAGCUGGAAAAACAAUUAACUCAAGAAUUAAGGAGUAAAGUUAGUGAAGAAGAUAUCACAGAAGACAUAGAACAAAAAGAUGUUUCUGUUAAACAAACAGAAAAGGUGGAUACUCAACAGUCCACAGCAAGCACGAAAUCUGAUAUAACUAGGUAUACUAAGACGGAUUCAACUGGUUCAGACUUACAUGAUUCUAUAGCACGCAAGAUUUCUCAAGAUUCUCCUGUACAAUCCACUAUAGAUAAAGUAGAUUCCUUAGCAGAUCUACAACAGAGUACUGAAAAAGACGUCAGUUUUAUAUCGCAUACAGAAUCAAAGGCAUUAUCGAAACAUAGAAGCGAUUCAUUGGACGAAGCGUCACAGUUUUCUGAUUUAGAAGACCAAGUCGGGAUAAGUCCUGCACACCGACCAGUGCAUGAUAAAGAAAUGACGAUCUCUUCGAAAAUGGAAGAAAAGAUUUCAACAAUCACUGAAACUGAUAUUGAUGAAACAAGAAUUAAAGAAGAAGUUCUUAAGGUUGUAAAAACGGAGCCGGAAACAAUCCUUGAAGACACUGAAAAGAAAUCGCCAUCCAAGGAAUUGCCAGUUAUAAGUUCAAAAGCGCGUCAAUUUAUUGAAACAGUUCCGGAAGAUGAUUCCGUGCAAGAGUGUUUCUUCUCAAAACGCAUUUAUUCAGAUUCCUUAGAGGAUUCGGAACAUACUGAUUCUCGACGUCAUUCAGAAGCAGAAUCUCUGAAAUCAGACCAAUCAGAUUUUAGGGCCAAAAUUUCUUCAUCUGAUUUUGAUGAACGGGCGGAGUACGAGGAAACUGCAGACUCGGGCAGCGGUUUUGGAGAUGAGAAAUUCGAAGAAAGUAUUGGAUUUACAGCUAUUAAAAUAGAUCCAAAGGCUUUACAUAGGGAUAGCAAAGAUUCAGACUCUGACAAAGUUGAAGAAACUGAAGUAGUUUUUAAAAAGGUUGUUCCAAAACGUCAUUCCAGAACUGAGUCUAUUUCCAUAACAAAGUUGAGUGAUUUACAACUGGACAUUGACGCACCAAAGCCUAAACAAGAAUUUCAAAUGGUUGUAACCGAAGCAGAAGAAAUAGAAAAGUCGUUUGAAAAAGAUGAAACGUCUGACAAAAUUUCAUCUGAAAGCAGUAGAGAAGUUGAAAUAUCUGACAGAAAAUCAUCGGAGGGUAUUUCAGAUAGAAUAUCUUCCGAAGACGCUGUUACUGAUAAAAAGACUUCGUCUGAAGAAGAAGCCGCAAAGGAAGGUCAACGGCUGUUGGAGCAGGAAUCUGAAAAAGAAUAUAAGGAAUCAAUGACGAGUACCGAUAUAGUAGAAUAUAGAACACACGUUCAAAAAGAAGAAAUAGUGGAUAAAGUUGCAGUGGCAGAUAAGCGACAAUCUGUUACAUCGGCGGGAUCAGGUUCCAUCGGCGAAUUACGCUUAGAUGAAAAGAGACUCUCUGAUGCCCAAAGUCUCACAGAAUCAAGAGAUUAUACAUUUGAAGAAUCUGAGGACGAUAUAGCAACACAAGGAACGCACGUUGAUAUACCCAAAGAAAAGUCUGAUCAAAAAGAAUACGAUUUGAAAGUUGAAUCUCCUGUUAAAUUAAGCGAACCAACAAAACCUGCAAAGUUGACUCAUGGCGACUCACUGGAUGAUGUUGAAGGUUUUCCUGAAGAUCAUACUGAAUAUAUACAUAAGUUACCACAUAUUUCAGAAUCGGGGUUACCAUCCGACAAACAUUUAGUGCAAGAUUUUCUUAAUAAUGAGCGAGAAGCACAAUUAAAAUGCGAAGCUACCGUAAUGGCUACAACAAUAACCAAAACUGUUGAACCACGUGAAAAAGAUAUUAUAUCUGACCAAUCAGUAAAAGAGUCAGCACCUAUAACUUCAUCACAAAUAAUAGAUGUUACAACACAACCAAAAAUAACGACAUCGAUUACAAAACAAUCAGAAACAAAAACAACUGUGAGUGACAGCAAAUUCGAUGUGAGCAAAAUAAGGACCGAUACACUUGGGAAGUUUGAAAUAUUAAGUGAAAGCAAAGAUAUCAAAUACGAAAAAGAGUUAUCUACAGAGGAAUCAAGUUUAGAGGAUAAAACAGACACUUCUAAAGAAAAAGAGAAAUCUAUAAUCGAAGAUUUGUCGCAGAAAAGUAGCGUAAUAUCUGCUACUAGAAGUCCUAUCAUAGACAAAGAUAUCAAAACAAUAACCAAAGAAAUUGUAGAGAGCGAAAAGCGAUCCUACGAUGCAAAAGUACCACAAAAAGAAGAAAGACGACAUUCUUGUAUUAGUCCCGCGAUUUCGCUGGAAAGAAUAGCAGAGUCAGAAAUUGAAAUGGAAGAAGAAUUACCGAAACCAAUUCAAUCAACAGGUGAAGGGACUAGCAUAGAGAAGGAAGAUUCUGAUAAAACAGGGAUAAAGAAAUCUGAUUCAGCGAUGAAACAAAUGGCAGACAAUAUAGAAAUUAUAAUUAAGCAAGCUUCUGAAGAUAUCGAUAUUUCAGUGGAAGAACCAUAUAUUGUUCAGGUUGACACCGAAAAACCUGAAUUAGAAGAUAUAAGUGGAAAAGUCUCUGUAGACUCUAUUAUUGAAGAAGCUGUAACUACAGUCGAAGGAUAUCUAAAAUCUACGGAAGAAACAGUAGAAAAAGUGAAUACCGAAGAUGCCCAAGUUUUAAUAAUGGAUACUAAAAUCAGUAAGGAUCGCCCAACUUUAAUGAAAUCUUUGUCAAGAGAUAGUGGAGAAAUCGCGAUUAUACCAAAAAAGAAACAACCGCGAACAUUCUCCGUGCAGAGUUCUCCGGAGGAAGUUGAGGAGCAAAUAUACACGGAUUCUGAAUCAGAUAUGGAUAAGGCUAAAGUACUAGAAAUAAUAGAACCUAGUACCGAAGCAGACGGGAAAAUUCCUACAUCCAGUUUCGAUACAAAGAAAUUAAGAACCGAUUCACUUGAUGAUGCAGAUGAUUUCCCGGAAAAAGAGUCUGAUUAUUUUCUCGACGAAGAUAAAUGUUACGAACACAUACCUGAAUCAAUAGAUUUAGUUAAGAAGGAAGACGUUCAAAUUGAAUUUCCCGAAGCUAGCGCUUCAAGAACUUCUAUGCAGGAUACAGAAAUGGAAAAAUCGUCAGAAAAAUUCGUUAAGAAAACUCAUUUCGUUGACAGUCUAUUGCGGUCUGAAUUCGUAUCUAAAUCGACAACCGAAUCAUCUGUCACCACAGUUAUUUCCACGUUGACCAAAUCAUCAGAUGAAGAUCAAAAAUCAGUAGUUGAAGAUGGAACAUCUGCUGAUUUCUCUAAAAUGAGUGGAGCAGAUUUAGUCAAAGACUCAUCUAAAACAUCUUUAGAAGCUAAAGAAGAAUAUAAGCUCGAAGAACAAGUAGAUGAAAGAGUACUAACUCCUGAUUUAUCUAAAAAGUCUAUUGACUUAACAAAAGAUUAUUCCAAGUCUUCAAUGGAUAGUAAGGAUACUUCAAGAGAUUUCGCAACAAAUGAACUAUCUAAAGAUUCUACUGCUGACCUGUCUAAGGAUUUCUCUAAAGCAUCAAUAGAUAGCGUUAAAGAAUCGUCUAAGUCGAUUGAUGAAAAAACAUUUUCCGAGGACCAUUCGUCAUUUGAUGUGUCUAAAACAUUAGCCUCGGAUAUUUCUGAAGGUAUUACAAUAAGUAAGGAAUUUUUAGAAGAAGAGAGAUCAGUGUCAAAGAUUAUAAAGGUAUCAACCAGUUCUUCCCAAGGAACGUCAUUUAUGACGGAAAGUAAAUUAUUAAGCGAACAGGACUCUUUUGGUAAAACAAUAACAUUAGAUAAAAUCGAUGUAGUGCAAGGUACUGCACAAGAUAAAGACGAUCAACAACAAAUAGAUGAGAAAGAAAUCCAAAAGGCAGUGGAGAAAGACGAAUCAGGAAAAACUGAUGAAGAUAUAAGCAAGGUCGAUACAUCCGAUAUGAAAGAACUUAACAGAAGAUGUUCUAAUCUAUUAGAAGAUAUAUCAUCAGGCGCUUUGAUAAGAAUAGAUUCCAGUCACGUUACACACGAUCUAGCAUCAAAGUUCUCGAAAACUCCACCUCCAUCUCCAGUCGAUUUAAUUUUAAAAGAUAGAACUAAGUCAGAUGACAGUACUGGCGACAAGCAACCCGGAAUGCAUCUAAAAGGUUCCGACACUACGUUCUUGGACGCAAACAGACAAUCACCACGAGCAUCCUCGGCGGGAGAUAGCUUAUUUAGUGAAACAGAAGCACAUCAAAGUGGAAUAUUAACUGAAGCGUCGAAAGUACUAAGUGAAGCCGCCAGACCUAAAUCUCCGAUCAAACAUCUCGCUGAUAACUUAUCCUUUGUGAAUGUCGAUCAACCGACAAUAACAAGCGGUGCAGUAGAAUUAGUCGAUCGUACUAUCGAAAAGAGUAUGGACGUAAUAGAUCAAAUAAAAAAGGAACAACUCGCCGUUAAAAUGGAAGAAAUGCAUAAAAUAAUUCCAACGGAAAACUUUUACUCUACAUCUGUAAUUGAAACCUCAACAUCAUCUUCGUCUGUUCAUAAAACUGUCGAAGGUGCGGAAUUAAAAUUCCAAAAUAUUGAUCCUGGGGCUGUCAUGUCUGAUAUGGUCACAAAACUUGGAGCAACACAGGAAGAAUUCAGCACAAUCUUAACUCAGAAAGAAACUGAAACAAGAAAAAUAUCCGGACAAGAGUUUUAUUCGGAAACCAAGCAUGUGUCUUCUUCCGAUGAUGAUUCACUUGUAAUUAAAACUGAAACUACCCAUGAAUUAAGAGGUCAAGAACAUGAAGUAAAAGAAAAAUCUAUUGUGAAAAAAGAAGGCGAUCAAACUGAAACUUCAGAAAAAAAGUUAGAAAAGGCACAUGAAGCUUCUGCUAAAAGAUCCGAUGUAGAAACGAAAACUGUUUUUAAAAGCACAGAUGAUACCGAUAUUGUAAAAGUAGAGAGAGAAUUUACCGAACAAGGUCUUUACACUGGUCGACAGACGAAAUCGGAAGAAAAAAUGACUGCUCUGAAAGAUGAGACUGUUAAGAAAAAACAGGAAGUUAAAAUUUCUGAAAGGGAAAUGUCACAUGAACAGUGGGGCAAGGAAUAUUUUACUGAACCAGGAGAAUUAGAAGAUAUUCAGGAAUCAGAUGAUAGAUCGAAAAUAGCUUUUGUUGACUCAUCUUUAAAAAUUGUUGAGAAAGAUGAAGUUGUUUCAACCACAGAGAUUUCUGAAAAGGGAAAAGUGGUAAGUUCGAAAGUCGAACACCAUAGAGAAGAAUCUGUAAUUGAAAGUAAAGAACACGACGACCUCAGUUCUGAUGCCUCUCAUGCACCAAGUUUUAAAACUGACUCAGCCGAUAAGAAAGACUCAUCUGAAAUGAGCCCAAGAAGUAAAUCUAAGUCUUUCAAAAAAGAUAACGAAGUGUACGAAGUAGACUUUAUUAAAGAAAUUAAAGUUUCAACGUCACCCAUCAAAAGUUCAUUUAGUCGAACAGGGAGUCAAGAUACUCAUUCUGAAUCAGAAGUAGUACCUGAUUUACCACACGAUGAUAAAACCGGAGAAACUCCCAAAAAGGAAAAGCCAAGUAAAUCACCGAUAAAGCUACAACAAUAUCAAAUUCAAGAUCAAGUAUUAGAAGUAUCUCUACACAAAACUGAUUCGUUUGUUAUGGGAGAUACUGAACCAACGAGCGCUAAACAAGAUAUAGGUGAAAGUUCUAUUGAAAGCCCUAAGAGUGACAUUAAAAUUGAAAUCAAACCUACGGAAGUUUUAGAAAGUGAACAAUUUGUUAAGUCUGUAAAAAUGGAUUUAAUGCCAAAUGUUAUCGAAACAGAACGCACAGAAUGGGAAGAAUCGACUACCGUAACCAAAGAUUUAAUGAUGAAGUCAAGUGAAAGCGUGGAUACUGAAUAUAUGAUUAAAUCACUUGAGUCCCAUGAUGGUGAAAUUCUGCAAAAAUCUAUGGAUUCUACUGUAAGUGCAGAAACAUUACAACCAUCUGAAUUCUCAACCGAAGGAGAUUCUGCGUAUUUGACUGGGACAGAUCAGAAAAAGGAGGAAAUUAAGUUAGUUAAAGAAAAAAGUCUCGAAGACAUUUGCAGUAGUGGAUAUGACACUGAUCUCUCUUCUGCCGAGUUUCAUGCACUGAAACUUGAAACAGAAAAGGUUGACUAUGACACGUUGAUGUCUGCUCAACCACUCACUGACUUAUCAGUUUUGGAAAAAACUAUAGAUGAAGUCAAGCAGUCUCUUGAAGCAGCACAAGUCGAAAUUAUUAGCGAAAAAAGUGAUGGGAGUAGUAAAUAUAAGCAAUCGCCCUCUGAAUUUCAAUUCAAAAUACUAAUAAGUCCUGAGAGGCCUGAUGUUAUCACAGAAGAGCCUCACCACACCGAAGAUUCAUGUAAAGUUGUAACUGCUCUUGAUAAGGAAGAUAAAUUAUUAGACAGUCAAAAAUCCGAUAGCAUCUCACAUAAAGUGAGCUCUCAAGAUGAGACUUUUCCGUCAGAAGAAGAAAAAGAAACUGUUCAGAUAAAAGAAUUUAGCCCACCACUUGAUACUGGAGACUUGUCAAUAAAAUCGGAUAGCGGUCCUCAUUCAAUUUUAGAAACUGAAAGUGAAAUCGGAUUUUCUGACCGCGACGGCUCUUCGAAAGGCAGUCCGGAAGUAAAAUUGCGAGUUCACAAACAUAUAACAAGUAAAUUGGGUGUGGUUGAAAGACGCUCAGCAUCUGAAAUUGAAGGAUGGUCCAGCUCUGGCGAAAGUCACUAUCAAAGUUUUGAACACUCGGAGAGUAGACCGUUAUCUUCGGAUAUCGAGGUCAUGUUAACGGCUCAGAGUGGUACUGAAUUUGAAACUGCACUUACAAGUCAUGACGUCUCUUCCCAAUCACUCAGGACUUCAAAAGAUUACUUUACAGCAGGAAGUUCGCUUGCUUCAAGAGACAGCAUGAAAAGUCUAGACUCUGAUGGGUCGAGUCACGUAGCGAGUAUUGAUAUUUCGGAUGCAUCUGAAACUUUAGUUCCGUCAGCUAAUGAACUUAAAGAAGAAUUGAUGGAAAGUAGUACCUAUGUAGAACAAUUUCUUCAUGAAACAGAAAAAGAACAGGUUUUAAAAACAAAGGAAUUAAGUGAUGAGGAUGUGUCAGGUGAUGACGAGGAAAAUAAAGUUGAUGGUAUUGAAACACUAGGCAAAAUGAAAAGAUCACAUGAAAUGCGGUUUCAACCAAAAGAAAUGAUUCCAGAACAUUUUCCUCUAGAUGGAACAUCUGAAAGCGUUGAGCUUGAAGAUUUUUCAAUAAAGGAUAAAGACGGGUCAGAUACUACUAUUUCUAGUCAACUAAAGACUGAUGAAAUUUUGUCUUCAUCUAUUUCUAAAUUAGAUAUAUCUUCGUCUAUAUCACAAUCUGAAAUAAACAAAGAAGAAGACUUGGAAGAACCAAUGAUUGUAAAAGAAUCAACUACAAAAGACGAAGCAAUACCUUUUGCUGUGACAAAGAUCGAUAAACCUCAAAGGGAGUUAGUAGAUGUUGAUAGUCAAAUAAUACCCGUAGGAUCUUCAGAAUUUGAGGAAAUUGAGAAAUUGGGGAGUAUCAAUUCACAAACAAAACACACUGACGAUGUACUUAUACCCCAAACUGUGAUUCAAACAGUACAGAGUGUACCAAUAGAAAAGGCUGACAAAAUUGAAAUCACAGAAGAGUGCGUAAAAAAGACUGUGCAAGAUGUCAGUGUAGUACCUUUUCCUAUUACGGAAAAGCCACCGAGUCAAAGAGAACUUGUUGACGUUGAUGCUGAAAUAAUACCUGUUGGUACGAAGCAAUACGAUGAAAUAUCGAAAUCAAAAAGCGAUUCUUCAGUACCUAAAACAAAAGCAGAAAAAUCUACAGUAAUGCAAUCUGAAUGUCAAUUGGAAAGCAAACAAAGCUCCACAUCUAGCUUAAAAACACAUGAACAUAUAUCGACUCCACAUACACCGUUGUCUGCGCCUAGCCAAAGUUCAUUAUCCACAGAAAAUGGCCGAGAGUACGUCUUAGACGAUAUUUACGAUAUAUCCGAAGCACCUGAAUUGAAAUCUGAUUUCGCAACCGAAAGCAGUAGAUCCGAAUUAGUGGUUACAACAGAAGAUAAAACAUUACGAACUUACGAAAAGGAACAAGAAUCGCCAACCAGUGAUGAAUUUGAAAUGGUUGACAAACCAAGUGAAAUGGAUGAUUUCGUGGUAAUAGAAGAGGUAGCAAAGGAGGCUCAAGAAACAGAUCCGGAGGGGAAAAGCGUUAAAAUAGUCUCCCAAAAAUAUGUUAAAAGACAUGACGUGGAAGUCGAGGAAUACUUAUCAAAAACUGCAAAGAAACAAGACAGCAGCAGUGCUUCUGGUUCUUUAUCUGACGAGGAACUACUCCAAUUUGAAAUAGAGCAAAAGAAGCUGCAAGCGCAAGAAUUAGCCGAAAUCGAAGCCGGUAAACGUUGGAUACAAAUGCAGUUUGAAGGAGACCCAAGGUAUGAUUAUGAACGAAUACCCCUGGAAGAUAUUAAAGAAGAGGAAAUGACCGAUUUUGAUGCUAGUAGGAUUGGAAGUUUGAGUUCUCAGAAAGAAUCUAUUGGUAGUUACGGUAGUUUUAGAAAUUCGUACGGAAGUUUAUCAGAAUCCGAAAUGGCUUCACGAAUAAGAUUCAGAGUACGCGGAGAAAAUGAUGACAUAUCUAUCAGUUCACUGCAAGAAUUUGAGAACCUCGAAAGAGCUUUAAUGGAGCAAUAUCAGCAACAUUCAUCGUCGUCUCAAGAUUCCUUAAACGGAUCUUUACCGCGGCGAUAUAUUCUCAGUAGAAGUCAAGGUGAUGAUAUAUCCGUGUCGAGUCUUAAAGAAUUUGAGGGUUUAGAAUCUGCAUGCUUGGAAGCUUUAAAAGCUGAAAUUCUAGCUAAGCAGAAAGAAGCUUUGUUACAAGCCGAUCCGAAGGUAGCCACUGGUAGCUUCUUAGAACAAGAGAAGCGUUCUUAUAGCAGUAGUUCGGACAGUAGUCCACCUCUAAAAGGUGGAAGUCCGGGACAAAAAUCUGGAAGCCCGUCUCAGAAAGGAGGAAGCCCGUCUCAAAAAAUUGGUAGCUACGGUAGUCCAUCACAACGUCUCUUAGCUGAUUCAGCGGCAAUUAGAAAGUUAAUUGACCAACAAUUAGCCCUAGAGCAAAGAAUGCAAGAACAAGUCGUACCAAAAAUUAUAACUGUCAAAAAACAUGACGACCGUGGCGCAUUUUUCGUGCCGGAACCUGAACCUGAGACAUCAAAAGAUAAAACUGAAGAAAUUGUAGAGGAAUGUACCAAAUCCUCAGCCUUUGUGUGCGCCGCUGCUCCGAGUGACGGGUCGGCGGAGUCGAUACCUGGAGAUUGCGAGGAGAUGAUGAAAAUUUUAGACCAAGAGGAAAAAGCUAAACGUCAACAGAAGCAGCUUCAGGCUAUUUCGAGAACGUUUUCGGAAAGCGGCGGCGUUAUUGAAGUCGUACGAACAACAACAGUCAUACAGCAAAGAUUUGUCGAUGGAAAAAAAGUAUCAGAGACCGUUUCGAGUACUGAUAACGAGGGCGCUGUUGACAUUCCAUCGAGAUCUAUGCAUUAUGAUGACGGCUGCAUGUCUUUAGGGUCAGAGAUGUCAUCGUCCUUGGCUUCUCAGCCUUCGGAAAUGGACAGUUUAAUGACUGUGAUGGAAAAGCACUCCGGGGGGGAGACCGUAACUGUGACACAUCAGACUAUUAUAACGUCUUCGGAGAAGCCGGAGGAUUUAGAGUUUAUGCGCGAAGGCAGCGGCAUACGUGAGCUAUCGCCCUCCUCCGGGAGGUCGGUGGCUCACAGCUCGUUCUCUGGCAAACAAUUUACAGAUCCUGCUAGCGGUUCCUGGAGCUGUCAAGAUGAAGAGCUGAGUUCUUCUGGCAGUUUUAGCAGAGCACGAGCAGACCUAAUGCUGGGCAGCACUGACAGUCUGGAGGCGACAAGUUCUAACGCUACUCGAGCUACAUUCAACUACGAGGUGGACACACCUAUGACGGGCAGCCUCACUUCUGGAGGGUCCAACACUAUGGUCUCGUCACUCGACACCAUGGACCCCAUCACCGCCGUGCAGGUGGAAAGUCUGGAAUACCAGUCCAGCGAACAACAUUCACAUGAUUAUGAAGUACAAGAACCAGAAACCGAAACAGAGAAAUUGGAUUCAGACGGACGUAUACCAAAGGCGAAGGAGCGUACAAUAAUGUUCGAUAGUACUGACACAUUGAGCGCAGUCAGCGCUGACAGCUCAGUGCGGGAAGCUACAGUUGAAGCACCAGCACCCACUUUUUAUAUCGGAGAUACACCAAUAUUGAGAGGUGAGAAGAAAGAAGAGGAAGGUCCGUCGCAGUUGUCAGGCAGCUGCCCCGCGUCUCUACCACCGACUACUCAUCCCUCACCACCUACACCCGCUCAGAGGAGAUCUCUCACAAUGAUAGCCAAGUCUCCACUCUCAAGUCUCGAUGAAAUCGCUAAAAAAUAAGCCUAACAUUAGUUCCAUGAAACGUAACUUUGCUAUGACAAUUUAAAAAAAAAAACAAUUUUUUAGCUUAAGCGA